GCAGCUGCAACAGUCAGUGUGUGUGUGUGUCAACAUGGAGGAGCAGAAGAAGAUUCUGUGUUUGGGUCUGGUGUGUCUCGACAUCAUCAACGUGGUCGACAAAUAUCCAGAAGAAGACACAGACAGCAGGUGUGUGUCGCAGCGUUGGCAGCGAGGAGGAAACGCUUCCAACUUGUGUACAGUUCUGUCGCUGCUCGGAGCGCCGAGCGCCUUCAUGGGCUCGCUGUCUGCCGGACCGGUGGCCGAUUUCAUCAUGGCGGACUUCUCGCGGUACGCCGUCGACGUCUCAUCUGUGGUUUGGCAGGUCGAAGGUCAAACUCCAUCUGCGUGUUGUGUUGUUUGUCCGCCCAGCGGAUCUCGAACCGUCGUUCUCUCCGACACGAACCUUCCUGAUGUCACAGCGGAGGAUUUCUCCAAAGUCGACCUCCGUAAGUUCAAGUGGAUACACUGGGAGGGACGAAACGCUGACGAGCAGGUGAAGAUGAUCCAUCAGGUGGAGAUGUUUAACAGCACGCUGCCACAACAGCAGAGAAUCACCAUCUCUGUGGAGAUAGAGAAGACCAGAGAGCCGCUGUACCAGUUGUUUCCUCACGGCGAUGUGGUGUUUGUCAGUAAGGACGUGGCUCGUCACUUUGGCUUCCUGUCAGCUGAAGCUGCUGUGAAAGGACUCUACAGCCGGGUCAAACGGGGGGCUGUCCUGGUCUGUGCCUGGGCAGAGAAAGGAGCGGACGCCUUGGGUCCCAACGGUUUAGUCAUUCAUUCAAAAGCUUUUCCUCCUGAAACUCUCGUCGAUACUCUCGGAGCUGGAGACACUUUCAACUCUGCUGUCAUCUACACACUGUCCAACGGUGGAAGUCUCCAGGACGCUUUGACCUUCGCCUGCAGAGUCGCCGGCAGGAAGUGUGGUUUCCAUGGUUACGAUGGCAUUGCUCAAAUAUAAUAAUUGACGUAUUCAGAGAACCGUGGUUACAGUAUGAGGUUACUCACACUGUGAAUGUAGAAAUUAACAUAAUAAUAAUAAUUCUAUUUAAUUUGUUUGUUACAAACUGUGUCUGAUCUGCAUGUUUCCUAAUGAUAAUUUACUGUUAUUAAUCUUUAGCUAACUGUUAAUAAGCUACUAAUUUAAUGUUACAUGUUAAUUAACGUCAACUGUGAUGCAUUGAGUUGCAAUUUAAAUAUCUUGUUAAAAUGACUAUUGCUUUUUAUUAUCUGAUAAGAAUAAAAUCUGCUACAAAUAUCAA